GGCUUUGUAUGAUUGCCUUGUGUCAAAUAAUGGCUUGUCAAAUACCACACUAUCUUGUACUGCAGCAUGGCACUAACGCUAGAAAUAUUUACAGCUGUUAAUAAUUUUUCUUACAAAAGUUGCACAUUAAUGUUGCAUGUAAGGUUUGCAGGCUUUUUAUUUCAUUUUACUACUCCUCAAUACAAAAUUAAACAGGCAAAUAUAUGUGUGUUUGCAAGUGUUCGCAGUGUGCUGCAAGGGUAAUCCUGCCUCUGGUCUGACCCUGGGAGAAUAGCACUAUUGUUAUAGUCACAUUUUAAGAUAGUAUCAGUAUGUUACAUAAGUAGUUUUUGUAUGCAUGCACAAGGAGAGAAAUAGAGGCCCUCACAAUCUUUUUAUUUCAUACAGUUAUUGUCAAAGAUUAUGUCAAAUAUUCUAAGUGUUAUUAAAAGUAACUUAAAAUGUACUUACAGGUCUUUUUAAACAUUUAUUUCUCUUGUGUCUUUUAGAGUAUCUGCUGACUAGUGUCAAAGAUUUAAUUGCUGUUUACUUUUCUUAGUCCUCAGCCCAGCAGAGUUGAGGAAAUUGUCAGCGUUUCUCCUCGUAAAGGAUGCAUCAGUGAAUUGUAUACUUGUAUACUUUAUAUUGCUAAAUGCAAUGGGAUUACAUGGGUAUUAUCGAGGGUCUAACUGAGUUAGCUACAACUCAGUACUGUGUGAGAAGGACCCUAAUUUCAGAACUGAGACUGAAAUAAGAGAAAGGCAAAAUCAACAUACUUUUAAAACUUAACUCAUUCAGUGAGGCAUCCUUAAAAGGGGAGUAUUGGUUGACCUUUUCUAUUCGUUUACAUUGGAAGUGUAAAGAACACUUUCUUGUUGAACUAAAUCCAUUCUUCUUAAUAAAAAAAUCAUAUUUUACUUUGAUAUUGAAUUACCUUCUCUACUUCUGUCUGCAAGGCUUGCAUGGUAUUGUUUUAACAGGCAAUGGCAUUCCUUUGUUUCUAAUAGAAAUAGUAUAGUUUUUUCUUUUUUUGUUUUGUUCAACUUUUCAGGUAGCAAAGUCUGGGGGAAGAGUAAACUAUGGAAAACAAAGUUAAUAAUUAUACUGCUGUGGCUACUGUAUUUCUGAUAUAGGUCUAUGGGUUACAUGUUUUUCUCUUAACACAUUCUAGUCAUUUUGACAAUGUCAUCCAAUGUAUAUGUUUAAAAAUACAUUCUGGAAGUAGUUGCCUGAAGUACCAGCUCUCACUUUUUUUUUAUAGUUAUUGAUUAACAGGGCACAUUUUCUCUAGUUAGUGAAUGAUCUGUUACUCUACACAGAAUGCCCUUUCCAGCUGUCUGUUUUCUGCUGUGGUAGGUAUUUGAUGUUUGCCAAGACACUGUGGCAAAACUUAGUAUAGUUACAUAAAGUGCGUAGGCCUGCCUCUCCAGUGUGACUGGUGAUCUUAAUUAUCUCAGUUUCACAGUACCUGAUUUGAAACACUUGAAAAUGGAGACCAGUUUUAAAGCUGUGUGACUUUUAAAAAUUUGGGCUCUUUUUCUAUUUUGUCUAAAUUGGCAAUUGUAAUAGCAAUUUUUACUACACACACACAUCUUCAUAACAAUUUUACCGGAUACUUUGAACAUUGAAUUGCAUUUAGUCUUAAUUGUCAUUCAAGGAAAAGAAGAUCAGUGCUGUCAAAUAGAGGAAACCUGCCUUCUGGAUGACAUUCAGAAACAUUUUGCAGCCCUGUCAGUUAAAAAGUUUCAUCCUCUAUGCUUACAAAUGUGAUAAGUUUUUUUCAGGUCAUUUACUUAUUAGGCAGGCAUGCUUUUUGCUUCACGAAGCUUCUGUUGCCUUGGCAUUAGAACAUACCAGCAACGAACAGAUUUGCUUUCCAGAUCCAUUAAAAUUUCAGCCUCUGCAGUCUUGCAGACAAUGGCCUUCAGACACAAGAACACAAGACGAAUUGAAGGCCUUGAUAGCAACGUGUGGGUUGAAUUUACAAAGGUGGCAGCAGAUCCCUCAAUUGUUAAUCUUGGUCAAGGCCUUCCUGAUAUAUCCCCUCCCAGCUAUGUUAAAGAAGAGCUGGCAAAGGCAGCAGCAGUUGACAGACUGAACCAGUACACACGAGGCUUUGGACAUCUGUCGCUAGUGAAAGCCUUGUCUCAAGUGUAUGAGAGAGUUUGUGGAAGAAAGAUUGAUCCUCUCACAGAUAUCCUGGUGACCGUGGGAGCUUACGGAUCUCUCUUUAGUACAAUACAGGCAUUAAUUGAAGAGGGAGAUGAAGUAAUAAUAAUAGAGCCGUUUUAUGACUGUUAUGAACCAAUGGUAAAGAUGGCGGGUGCAAAGCCUGUUUUUAUCCCACUGAGAUAUAAAAAUGAUGGAAACUCUCCCUCUAGUGCUGAUUGGGUCUUAGAUUCUGCUGAACUUGCAAAUAAAUUUAAUUCCAAAACAAAAGCAAUUAUUCUGAAUACCCCACACAACCCCAUAGGCAAGGUGUUUACUAGAGAAGAGCUCCAAGUCAUAGCUGAUCUCUGUAUUAAACAUGAUACCCUGUGCAUCAGUGAUGAGGUGUAUGAAUGGCUGGUGUAUAAAGGAAAGAAACACAUUAAAAUAGCUACGUUGCCAGGUAUGUGGGAAAGAACAAUAACUAUAGGAAGUGCUGGAAAAACAUACAGUGUAACUGGCUGGAAGCUUGGUUGGUCUAUUGGCCCUGAGAACCUGAUUAAGCAUUUGCAAGUUGUCCACCAAAAUACACUGUAUACUUGCUCAACUCCAUUACAGGAGGCUUUGGCACAAGCAUUUUGGAUAGACUAUAAACGCAUGGAUGACCCAGACUGCUAUUUUUACUCACUGUCUCGAGAGCUGGAAAGCAAGCGUGAUCGGAUGGCUCAGCUACUUCAAGAAAGUGGACUAAAGCCUGUCAUUCCAGAUGGAGGAUACUUUAUGAUUGUUGAUGUUUCUACAUUAAAUGUGGAUCUCUCCGAUGUAGAUGAGAAACAACCUUAUGAUUAUAAAUUUGUCAAAUGGAUGAUAACAUCUAAGAAGCUGUCAGCAAUUCCUCUUUCAGCGUUCUGUGGUCCUGAGACAAAAAGGCAGUUUGAAAAAUAUAUACGUUUUUGCUUCAUUAAGAAAGACAGCACGCUAGAUGCAGCUGAAGUGAUCUUGAAGAACUGGAAUAAACAGACAGCCUGAUUUUUCUUAUUAACUCUUCCAUCGAGUAUAAUUAUCUAAUAGUAGGGUUUUUUUAAUUGCAAAUUUAAGAACAAAUUACUUAAUACAGUACAGAGUUAAUAUGGCAUUGUAAAUAACUUUGUGCUGCCACCUGCUGAGGAGUCAAAACGAUGAUUUGCUAAAAUAUGUAUAAUGCAACUCAGAAGUUAUUUUCAGUCUUUUCAAAAUCAUUUACAUUUUUCCUAAAAAAAAUAAUCUAUGGGAUUCACUUAUUUUACUGAAAGACAAAAAUUUGUAGGACUCUGUGUAAAAUAAAUACAUGAUAUAGGAAUUUUAAAACUUACAAGAAAGAAGUGGGAGAUGUUUUUGGUAUGAGGUAGAAUAGGAACUAGGGGUGAGACUUAAACAUUGUGGUUUGUGAAACCCAAUAGCCUGCAGUGGAGGAAAAUGAAGAUAUGCCUCAUAUUAGAUAAUUGUAGUGACUUUCUACAUACAUACCUACCUACCCUGUCCUUGCACAAAUUGCAUCAGUUUACAUAAAGUGAUUGAGUUAAAUCAAUACAGUGUUUUUACUAUAGGCAAGACUGAAAAGUGCUAAGUUGCAUAAUUACUAUUUUAUUUUCCCACAAUAGUCAUGUGUGCUGUUCUGAAAGUAUUCAGUCCUCAAUAAAAUUAUAAAAGUGGCAUCUA